CAUUAUAAUUUUCACGUAUUUUUCCUUAAAAGUGUAUUUCUACUGAUAAGGUUGCUCUCGGUUAUAUUAUAAUAAUAACCUAAUUAGUAUUAAAUACAUUCAAACUGUUGUGACAUGCAGGGACAUUAUGCGAAGUGUUUGCCGGAUGGUUAUUGGAGGCAAUCGUUAUUAAUUUAUUUAUUUAUUAUAACAUUUAGUAAAACAAAUACUGUUCGAGUUACUAUUUUCUAAUGCGACUAUUUAUUUAAGUUUCAGGUUAAUUUUAUUCAAAGAAGUCUUUAGCAUUCGAUCUUUGCAAGGGGUUUUGCGAUUUUAAAUUUUUUGCACUUUGGUAACUUGUAUAAAAUACAGAUUCUAAAUAAGUGGAAGUGACCUGGCGGCGCCGUAAGCCAGCAGCACGUUGGCAACAGACGGCGUCUCGUCACAGUCCGCCGUCCGCGUCGUGUGUUAUGGCAUGGCAAUUGCAGUACGAUCAGUUCUCGUAGUGUGUGCGCUGUGGUUGCUAGGGGCAUCGUCUGUGGACGAGGAACUCGUGCUGCCGCCAGCGAACUGGCCGCAGUGCCCACUGCCACCGGCUCAUUGCACGCCUCUCGACACUCACAUUCAUAACAAUAAAUACACAUUCGAAGUCGAAGGCAACAAAUUCCAUUUAAUAUAUGACACAAAACUAAGCAAACUAGAAGUGUUUUGUUACGAUAGACCGAUCCUGGAGAGCGACUCGCUGCCGCGGUUCAGAGAUGACGUCAGCCUGUCGACCCUAGUGAGCCACCAAUGUCCCGCCCCGCGGGGGUCGUACUCUAGUGUACUAUCACGAUUCAAUAUCGCAGCGCUUUACUCGUUAAAACUGAAAUUAGGACGAAGGAAACAACCGAGAUCACCUCUACUGCCGGAACAUUUUGUCGGUCUCAACAUCAGCGAUCUAGAGAUUUUUGGUUCUUAUCGACGUCCUAUAUACCCCGAGGAUGGCUUUUUCGAAUCAUUGGAUGGUGUAAAGAAUUUGGACCUAUUUGGUAUCUCGCUAUCCCCAUUGCCGUUGUCGAAUCAGCUGAGAUCAGUGUCAGCGACAUCUGGCGAGUCUAACGGAGAGUGGGGCGGCUGUGAACACCUGGAGAAACUUAUGCUCGCCCACUGGAAGUGGUCGCAACAAGGCGCACCGAUACGCUGGCUCGCCAACUGCUUGCGGCUGCGACAACUCGAGUUACAAUCUGCAAAGAUUCAAGUAAUACUCGAUAACGGAUUCACAGUCCCAUCCAGUGUGCGCAGUGUCGUAAUUACUAGAUGUAAUACCGGAACACUAUCAAUUCCACCAAAUUUCCUCGCUGAUGCAUCGAACUUGACCCAUCUCGAUGUGUCUGCGAAUAAUAUGUCUAAACUGGACAGUGGUGUACUGUCGCGGGUGGCGACGACACUAGUUAGCCUCGUCCUAGACAGCAACCCGCUGGGCGACCUGUGCAAGUACAGCCUUGACGCCAAUGUGACCGACAGCGCGCGAUCGGGAUUGAGCCUAUGGUUGCCAAUGCUAGAGCAUUUAUCGCUGAUGGGCACAGGCGUAACGCGGAUCUGCUCAAGCUGGCCCGUCGACAUGCCCGCGCUCACAUACCUUGACCUCUCUCAAAAUUCAGUCCACACUUUACAGUAUGAAGCUAUCCAUUGGUUGGGCUCCCGACCUUCUGAGCUCAUCUUAACGGAUAACGACGUCAGAGUCAUCAUGUACCAUAGAACUAACUACCAGAACUUACUCAAACAUAAUUGCACACAGAGCCAUGUAACAGUGCAUAUCACACACCCGCUGACUUGUGAUUGUCAUACAUACUGGUUCGCGAGGUCCUUCGCCGACUGUCCAGGGCACGUGUCCUGGCUGGAGACACCGAAAUGUAAAUCUGGCAAACUCGUGUCGGAGGCCUCAGUCGAUGACAUGAUAUGCGCACGACACGGCAUCAACUGUUCUGCUGGCUGCAAGUGUUUCUCGAGAGAGAACCUAGAGACUACCAUUGCUAAUUGCACGGACUCCGCGCUAGAACAUUUACCAGCCGUCCCUCGGCUGAGCCAUCUUUACGCAGCCUUCAAUCGUAUCGAUGAUUUCAAUAGCAGCGACAUUCCGGAAACACUCAUUUUUGCAGAUCUGAAGUAUAACAGCAUUACCCACUUGUCUGCGGAGACGGCGAGCAAGCUGUUGUCGAUGGGCGAGCGGCAGGUGCUGCUCGCUGGCAACUUGCUGUUGUGCGAUUGCAACAACAAACCGUUUCUCAAUGUUUUAUACAAACAUCAAAACCAGGUUUUAGAUUACAAUUUGACGACAUGCCUCGAUGAGACUCCACUGACGUCCAUCGACAUAGAAGAUCUGUGCGCAUUACCUCCACCCGCACUGCUGUUGUACAGCUUGGCUCCGGUAGUGAUGCUACUGAUAGCAUCACUACUGGCUUUUGGCCUGUGUUACUACUACCGACACGAAUUAAAGGUAUACCUAUACGCGCGCGGCUGCUGCAUGUUCUGGGUGCACGAGGAGGAGCUGGACCGCGACAAGAAGUACGAUGCGUUCGUUUCGUUCUCUCACGCGGACGAACAGUUCGUGCACGAGAGCUUGGCUGCGGAACUCGAGCGGGAGCCAUGCGGUUUCAGACUGUGCAUCCACACACGCGACUGGUUGCUCGGUGAGUGGAUACCGACGCAGAUCGCUGUCUCCGUGGAGCAGUCGCGGCGGACUAUCAUCGUAUUGUCCCGCAACUUCCUCAGCUCAAUAUGGGGACGUUUGGAGUUUCGUACGGCUCACAUUAACGCCAUGCGAGAAGGUUGGGCGCGAGUUAUUAUCAUUUUGCUAGAAGAAGUGAACGAUCACGCAGAAUUGGACGCGGAACUGAAAGCUUAUCUCUCCUCGAAUACAUAUGUGAAAUGGGGUGAUCCAUACUUCUGGGAUAAAUUGAGAUAUGCUCUGCCGCACCGACGUGGUGAGAGGCGGGCACUUAGAGCCGGCGAGGAGGUGGCGCGGGACUUGCAUCAUAUAAUGGCACGCGAGGCGCUCGGGCCCGGGCAGUUCGCUGACGCCGCGCCACUCGAGCUCCGUUUGCCGGCACCACAAAUGCUAUGCAUAGAAGCUCCAAAUUAAACUUUUGCUUUUAGAGAACAAAAUAAUUGUAUUUGAAAUCAAUGUUAUUAUUAAUUAAAAUUAAUUAACUAUUGAA